CCUGUUAAGUGAAGCAAGCAGGAGGCGUUUCAUUAAAACCUUAUCAGUCAGAUAUAUGUAUAUACAUAUAUGUAUACAUAUAUCCGAUUUGAUGAAAGCGACCGGGAGAGGCGGUGCAAGGUAUCCAGGGAAAUUGGGAAGCACCUCCCUUCGCUCGCUUGCCGGAGGCGGGUUCGAGACAAUGCAUUUCUAGCGUCUGUGUUCAUUUGUGGCGAGACACUCGCGAAACACCUGACUGCCCGCAGCAGCGCUUCAGUCUUCUACCGAGAUGCAGAAGUGGGUUGUGUUGUGUUGGGUUCUCCUGGCCCUGGUUGGUGCUGAAGAGUGUCCAGAUGGGGGGAGGUGUGAAGAAGGUCAAACCUGCUGCAACGACCCGGCGAACGGCUAUGAAUGCUGCCCGUUUGAUCAGGCUGAGUGCUGUGGGGAUCACAUGCAUUGCUGUCCUCCGGGCACAAUCUGCGAUACAGACAAAGCCAGCUGUGUGAACGCCACUGUGUCCAUACCCUGGGUGAAAAGAGCUUCUGCCAAUCAACCAAGGCUCUCCAAAUCCUUCAGGAUGAUAAAGGCAUACAUGGGGGAGGAAGAUGACAACAUCUGUCCGGAUCAAUCGCGAUGCCCGCCCGAGUUUUCCUGUCUGAGGGCCCUGACGAGAUUUGGCUGCUGUCCCCUAGCUCAGGGAGUCCCCUGCUCUGAUGGCAAACACUGCUGUCCUGAGGGCCACCAAUGCAGUGCAACCAGCCGGUCCUGCAUCAAAAAAGAGCUUGUGACUACAAUUAUGUGCAGCGAUGGAGUGUCAGAGUGUCCAGAUCAAACCACCUGCUGUGAAACCCCAGAGGGAAAGUGGGGAUGCUGCCCCAUACCAAAGGCCGUGUGCUGCGAGGACAAGCUGCACUGCUGCCCUGAGAUGAGUACAUGUGAUGUCGAACGCUCCAAAUGUAUUUCCUUAUUCACCAAGAAAGAGAUGCCAAUGUGGGCCAAACUCCCCGCCAGGAUAAGAGCGGAGUGGGAGAGUAAGAAAGAGGCGGAACAAGUGACUGCAGAGGCAGUUAAAGAUGGUGCAUCAGAAAAAGCACCAGAAGGCAACACAGUGAAUACAGUUCCCCCUUUAGAGGAAGAAGUGUCUGUGUCAACUGUCAAUAAGGGUGCUGGAGGCAAUAAUGUCCCCUGCAAUGAUACAGUGGCCUGUUCUGAUGGCACCACAUGCUGUAAAACCCAGGAGGGAGGUUGGGCCUGCUGUCCUCUACCAGAGGCUGUUUGUUGUGACGAUUUCAUACACUGCUGCCCGAAAGGUCAGAAGUGCAACCUGGCCGCCCAAACCUGCGAUGACGACACGAGCUCCAUGCCUUGGGUCGAGAAGAUACCUGCAAUCCCCAGACAGGGAGUACAGGUGGGGGAUGUUGCAUGUGACUCUGUCACCAGUUGUCCUGAUGGCACCACAUGCUGUAAAAACCAAGAAGGACGCUGGGCCUGCUGUCCUCUACCAGAGGCUGUUUGUUGUGAAGACUUAAUACACUGCUGCCCGAAAGGUCAGAAGUGCAACCUGGCAGCCCAAACCUGCGAAGACGACACGAGCUCCAUGCCUUGGGUCGAGAAGAUACCUGCAAUCCCCAGACAGGGAGUACAGGUGGGGGAUGUUGCAUGUGACUCUACCACCAGUUGUCCUGAUGGCACCACAUGCUGUAAAAACCAGGAGGGAGGCUGGGCCUGCUGUCCUCUACCAGAGGCUGUUUGUUGUGACGAUUUCAUACACUGCUGCCCGAAAGGUCAGAAGUGCAACCUGGCGGCCCAAACCUGCGAUGACGACACGAGCUCCAUGCCUUGGGUCGAGAAGAUACCUGCAAUCCCCAGACCGGGAGUACAGGUGGGGGAUGUUGCAUGUGACACUACUACCAGUUGUCCUGACGGUACCACAUGCUGUAAAAACCAGGAGGGAGGCUGGGCCUGCUGUCCUCUACCAGAGGCUGUUUGUUGUGAAGAUUUAAUACACUGCUGCCCAAAAGGUAAGAAGUGCAACCUGGCCGCCCAGACUUGUGACGACGACACGAGCUCCAUGCCUUGGGUUGAGAAGAUACCUGCAAUCCCCAGACCGGGAGUACAGGUGGGGGAUGUUGCAUGUGACUCUACCACCAGUUGUCCUGACGGCACCACAUGCUGUAAAAACCAGGAGGGAGGCUGGGCCUGCUGUCCUCUACCAGAGGCUGUUUGUUGUGACGAUUUCAUACACUGCUGCCCGAAAGGUCAGAAGUGCAACCUGGCGGCCCAAACCUGCGAUGACGACACGAGCUCCAUGCCUUGGGUUGAGAAGAUACCUGCAAUCCCCAGACCGGGAGUACAGGUGGGGGAUGUUGCAUGUGACACUACUACCAGUUGUCCUGACGGUACCACAUGCUGUAAAAACCAGGAGGGAGGCUGGGCCUGCUGUCCUCUACCAGAGGCUGUUUGUUGUGACGAUUUAAUACACUGCUGCCAAGGUAAGAAGUGCAACCUGGCCGCCCAGACUUGUGACGACGACACGAGCUCCAUGCCUUGGGUUGAGAAGGUACCUGCAAUCCCCAGACAGGGAGUACAGGUGGGGGAUGUUGCAUGUGACUCUACCACCAGUUGUCCUGACGGCACCACAUGCUGUAAAAACCAGGAGGGAGGCUGGGCCUGCUGUCCUCUACCAGAGGCUGUUUGUUGUGACGAUUUAAUACACUGCUGCCCGAAAGGUCAGAAGUGCAACCUGGCCGCCCAGACUUGUGACGACGACACGAGCUCCAUGCCUUGGGUUGAGAAGAUACCUGCAAUCCCCAGACAGGGAGUACAGGUGGGGGAUGUUGCAUGUGACUCUACCACCAGUUGUCCUGACGGCAACACAUGCUGUAAAACCCAGGAGGGAGGCUGGGCCUGCUGUCCUCUACCAGAGGCUGUUUGUUGUGACGAUUUCAUACACUGCUGCCCGAAAGGUCAGAAGUGCAACCUGGCCGCCCAAACCUGCGAUGACGACACGAGCUCCAUGCCUUGGGUCGAGAAGAUACCUGCAAUCCCCAGACAGGGAGUACAGGUGGGGGAUGUUGCAUGUGACUCUACCACCAGUUGUCCUGACGGCACCACAUGCUGUAAAAACCAGGAGGGAGGCUGGGCCUGCUGUCCUCUACCAGAGGCGGUCUGUUGUGACGACUAUGAGCACUGCUGUCCUGCUGGCACCACCUGUCACCUGGCCACCCUCACCUGUGUGGGGGACUCAGGCUCAACACCCAUGAAACAGAAGAUGCCGCCAUUCGCCACGCCGGCUCCCGCUACGUUGGCCACUACAAGCCAAAGUCAGGCAACAAGCGCCAUGCAAACAGAGGAGGAGGAGAAGGAGCCUGAGGAGAACGAGGUGACUAAAGCACAGGAGGCGGAUGAGAAGGAAGAGGAGGAGAAUAAAGAAGUGGAGGGCAGGAUUCCGUGUGACGCCCACACCAGCUGCCCUCAGGACACCACCUGCUGCUUCAUGACCUCGUCUCAAAAGUGGGGAUGUUGCCCGCUACCGGAGGCGGUGUGCUGCGCCGACGGGAACCACUGCUGCCCCACCCACUACAAGUGCAACGAGCGCAUGACCUCCUGCGUCAAAGGAGAAGUGGUGAUCCCGUGGUACACCAAGCUCCCAGCCACCACCAGCGUCCAGGCCGAUCCCGGCUCCGUGCGGUGCGACGGUCUGAAUCAGUGCCCCGAGCAAACCACCUGCUGCCAGCUCUUCACGGGCGAGUGGGGCUGCUGCCCGCUGCAAAAUGCCGUGUGCUGCCCAGACAAGGACCACUGCUGCCCGCAGGGCUACACCUGUAACAUCGGCUCCAGGUCCUGUCAGAAGGUCGUCAUGCUGCAGCUGGACACCGUCCCUCUGACACCGCUGUACCUGCCUGUCCAUCAACCCCAGACCAGUCCCUUAAAGCACAGAGACGUCCACUGUGACGAGGAGGCCAGCUGCAGGGAUCACGAGACCUGCUGCAGGACGUCCGCCACUACAUGGGGCUGCUGUCCAUCUCCGAAUGCGGUGUGCUGCAGCGACAUGACGCACUGCUGUCCCAGCGGCCACACCUGCACUGAGAGCGGCCACUGCACCGAGAACACCAGGCUUCACUGGCACAGCUGGCACGUGUUCCUCGCCAACAAAAAGCGAACUCUAGUUGUGUGAAAACAUCGCCCCUGCACUGUCGUUUAAGUUCCGCAUGCAGUGAACUAAUGGAAGAUAAUGUGAAGGGAUUUUGUGGUAAUUUUUAAGUGCUUCGUUCUUAGUGGCAAGUGGUAAAUGGUGAAGGGGAGACUGAACUGCGGUUCAGGUUAUGAAGUUUUGUGAUCUUGGUGCUGCAAGUUUCUAUCUACAAGCAUCUUUGUAUUUUCAUACAUUGUUCACAGGUUGACAACUCAUUUUAAAAGCAAGCUAGAUCCUUGUUAUUCCAAGCACACGGUUUUCUACUUGAAACUCUACUCUGUCCAAAAAAUCAACUGAAACACUCCACAGGCAACAUGAUUUUGUUCUCUGUUGGUCACUCUGUUACUGUAUGUUCUGCUUAAGCUGCCUUUUGUUGCUAAGUGCACUCUAUUAAUAAUCAGUCACAAUUUGGGGCAUAAUUUAAUGCAGCACCUUUUAUUAUCUUGAAUGUGAGAAACAUGAACUGCUGUGUGAUGCCACCUUGUGAUGCAGGAACAGUUAAGGCUGCUGUAGUGUUGUCUUCUGUUCAGUCUGACAUUUUUAAACUUUCAUUAAUGUGCAACACUUGGUUUAUCUGACUGUUUUGAUCAUUUUGUGGCAUCUGCAAUGAGUAAUUAAUGUGUCGUCUUCCUGCAGUGAUGGUUUAAAAUCAAAAGUGGUUAAAUUUCGUGCCUUUUGUGAUAAUGUGAGAUUUAACGAACACUGUGAUGCAAAAAAAUGGAGAUUUACAUGUUUGGUGCAGCUUAAAACCUCUUGAGGAGUCAGAGAAAUUUACAUUUUCCAUAAAACCAAUAAAUGAGAUAUGAUGG